AUGGUCAGAAACCGCUCGUCGUGGUUGGACCGCAUCCCUUCGCUCUCCGAUGAACCUACCCACCCAGCACAGAUAGCCCUGCGCACCUACGCCCUCGCCGUUUCCCUGUCGCUUGGGCCCUCGCUCAUUCCGUUCAUCACCGCCCUCAUCGUACCGAAAGCCCGAAGCAAGAACCUCCCGGACCUGGGGCGCAUAUUACGACGCGACCUAGGACACGAUGGCUUUGCCUUCACCGUCACGCUGGCUGUUGCGGGUGGGGCUGCAUUGAAGCGGUCCUGGCCGCUCUGGCGCGUCGUGUACGACCGACAAGACAAGGAUGAAGACGUUCACCGAUCAUCUGGGGACCAGCAACCUGAAUCUCUUGGGAGGUUGGUACAGCAGCUUUUCCGGCGUGUCACGAAAUACCUCGCGGCGUUAACUCCGGAGCAAGAGACGUUCAUUUCCAAUGUCCUCUCCUCGUCUAUCGGUAUUCUUCUCCUUCAAGUAGGCAGGCAACGCACCGCACGGCUAAAACGAGUAGCAGCCGCUGCGCGUGGCAAACCCCUUCCCCGAGAUCUCACUUCGCCUACCCUCGACCUCACCCUGCUUCUCCUCGUCCGCGCAAUAGACUCCAUCGUACAAUCUUUCAUUUUGCACAAGACAACCCCGGUUCCUGGUUUGAAGAAAGAUCGGAAACACCUUGCAGUAGAAUCCCAGCUGCACGCUAAACUACAGAGGGAGAAGAUAAAGCUAGAGAACAAAUCCUGGCAGAGCAUGACGUCUAAGGUGGAUGCGUUUGUGUUCUGGGCUUGCAGUGCAAGAAUAAUGUGGUGUUUCUUCUAUGAACCUCAUAGACUGCCUCGAUCAUAUGUGAAGUGGAUCAACACCCUUGCCAAUCUAGACGGUCGGAUAAUCGAGACCCUGCAACUUAUUCGAACUCGUCAAUGGUCCUAUAAAACUGGCUCAGCCCACCACGCCACCGUCCUCCAGAGCGGUGCAACAGAUCUUGGGCUUCCUGCUUCAUGGGGUGACCCUCAUGCCCUGCCUGCCUAUGGUGGCGCAAUCGCAAAUGAGGCUUGGAAGAAACUUGGCGUGACUAGUCGACCAGGAGUCGCAGGCAUUCCUUGUGAAGUUAUCCAUGGACAAGUCGGCUCAAGCCUGGGAUUGAGGGAGAGCUGUACAGCGAAUGCAAGUCUGAGGAUGGCCAAAGGUUUCUUUGAAGCCACUGCGAUCUACCUUCCCGUACAUUUCCUUCCUGUGCUCCUCACUCGCCCACAAACACUUCUAAGACCGCAUAGGCUAUUCGAGACCUUGUUUGGCUCCCUGCGCAGUGCCGCUUUCCUCUCUUCUUUCAUAGGGUUUUAUUGGUAUACGGUCUGUUUGACGCGUACCCUCGUCCUCGCGAAACUCUUCCCGUUCGUCUCGCACGAUUUCUGGGAUAGUCCAUACGGCUGCAUCAUGGCCGGCUGCCUUGCUUGUGGUAGCAGCAUCUGGAUCGAGAAUGGCCGACGACGAGGAGAGAUGGCUCUCUACGUUCUUCCUAGGGCAAUUAGGACAUGUCUACCAGAUGCACUGGUCAAGAGCGGCAAUAGAGCUAUCAGGCUUGCCGAGCGGCUCGUUUUCAUCCUCUCCAUCUCGUCAUUGCUGACGGCAGCUGCCCACCGACCAGACUCUUUACGCGGUCUAUCACGUUGGACACUAGCGUUUGUGACAAACGGACCAAAUGCAGGGUUCUGGAAACGACGGAGAAGAGAUCCCAGUGUACCUCCAACACCCAGCUUUCCACCCACCCCUUCUAUUGUUAUCGAUUCUGGAAAAGACGACAAUUGA